AUGCGAAUUCGAAGAGAAAAUCAAAUGAUGAAGCGAUCUCUGCUUGCCUUCGUUCUGGCUACUAGUACCCUUGCUCUUGCAUUGCACUCUCCUACUAUAACUAUACAACCAAUUGAUUUUAUGAACGAGCACGCAAUUUAUUCCACCGGUAGUGGCAAAGUAGUUAUCCCUUGUCAAACUACUGGAAGUGGCAAUAUUACCUACGCCUGGCGACAUAACGGUAAUCCUAUUCAAUUAGAUGACCGUAUUAAAAUUCUUGAUGGAAAUUUAAGCGUGGCGAAUAUUACUGCAAGUGAUGAUGGUAAAUACAUCUGUUUGGCUAGCAACCUCUACGGCACAAGUAUCAGUCGUGAAGUUACUCUUCAGGUUAGCGUUGUACAUUCUCUUCGCAAUAUUUCUGAAAAUAUCAUCCAAUCUAGUUAUGGCAGUGCUCGUUUAAGGUGCCAAAUUUCCAAUCAAACUACGCGUAUGCCCAAACCGAGUCAAAUUUAUUGGACUGCAAGUGAUGACAGUAGAGUACCAGAAACAACUUCUAUCGCCAUAAAUGAAUACGAUGGCGAUCUAAUCUUUAUUGCAGGUUGGCAAAACAACACUGGAUCGUAUAAAUGUAAUGUAAUUUUCAAAUUAUUCGAUCCAACUACGGGAUCUUCAACAAAAAUUAAACUUACUGGUGCUGCUCAACAUGUUUAUUUCAAAAUCCCCACGUCUGCUACGCCUAGUUUUGCCCCUAAAAUUGAAGAAGGACCGACUGAUAUUAUAGCCAUACUUGGCCAGGUUCGAGUUAUAUUAGAAUGUAUAUCGACAGGUUAUCCUAUUCCAACAAUUCUGUGGCAAAAGAAAUUGGGUCCUUUACCUAAUAACCGCUACUCGAUUGAAAAAUUCGGUCGACAUCUUGUACUCAAAUACAUCCAAGAAGCCGAUGCAGGAGAAUAUCAAUGUAUAGCAUUUUCGGGCUUCAAACAAGUUAGUGCUAGCGCUAAACUUAGGGUUGCAAUCGAUUCUCGAUGGAAAGCUUCCAUUACAAAUACAAAUCAACCGAUUGGAUCGGAUUUUAUUUGGCCUUGCUCAGUGAGUGGAUUCGACAUUAAGUAUAAAUGGUACCGUAACGGUCAACGUAUUAGUGGUAGUCCGCAAUAUAACCUUCAUGCCAACGGAUCCUUAACGAUACGCCACCUUUCUCCUUCAGAUGCUGCAGUUUACUCUUGCCAAGGCUACAAUAACCAUUCCAAUAUUGUUUCAUCGGGCUAUCUUAACGUCAUAGUAGCAGCACCUACUUUUAUUAAGAGUCCAUACACGCAAGCAACCUUUUUUCGAGGACAAAAUGCCACUCUUCGUUGUACAGUGACUGGUGGUCCUCGCCCGACUGUAGAGUACACUAAAAAUGGAAGAACCAUAGAUAGACAAUUACAUAAUAAGUAUACGGCCCAACUAAAUGGCAAUUUAAUCAUCCAUCAUGUGCAAGAUAGCGAUGCUGGAGUAUACAAGUGCAUCGCCAGCAAUCGUUAUGGAACUGCUGAAGUAUCGGGUAGUGCUGUGAUCAAGAUUGCAACAACAUUUACAAAAUCUCUCACCAAGACUUUUGUACGUCGGCCACAAGGAUUUAUUUUAUCAUGCCAAAUUCAAAAGGAUCCCAGCCUGAAUGUAGUAUUUUAUUGGCAAAAAGAAGGUAAAAACAUUACAACACAGAAAGCUGUAUUAAAUGUUCACGGUUUAACCACAACAUUAACUUAUUCCAGCAGUUCGCUGGGUGAUUCGGGACGAUUUUCAUGUUUCGUUGCUACUCACGUGCCUUUCGCUGGCUAUGAAACGCAAUCAUCAUCAGCUAUGUUAACGGUUCAUGAUAUACCAGAUAGUCCAAGCGAUUUUAGAUAUAACCAGGUGAAUGCAUCAUCGGCAGUGUUAUCAUGGCUGCCUGGUAAUUCUAAUAACAGUCCAUUAUUAAGAUAUGGCUUAACCUAUCGAGUCAAUUCGAAUCGCUUGAGCAAUGAUCCAUGGAGAGUAGCAAUAAAUGAUGUACCACCUUGGGCUACAUUUCAUCGAGUAAAUCUAUCGCCAUAUAAUUAUUAUCAUUUUAAACUAAUUGCUAUCAAUGGCGUAGGUUCUAGCAAAAUUACACCUAGUCUCACAUUUCAUACUGAUGUGGAUAUUCCUUAUCAUUCCCCAGGCGAAUUUCGAGCUAGCAGUGGAACAGCAGAUGGAGCUAUUAUCGAAAUUCGCUAUAAGCCAUUAUCACGAGACGAAAUGAACGGUCCACAUAUUUAUAACCUACUUGAAUUUAAGCCACAAGCAAUUUCAUCAUCAUGGUCUUUUAUUAAUAUUGGCAAUAAUGGCUCUUAUCGUCUAACGGGUGUAUUGGAGAAUACUGUUUACAAGCUGCGAUUGCGGCCAUUUAAUGAUAUUGGAUUGGGGAAAGAAUGGACGCACACUGUUACUGUUAAGACAGGUGUUGCAGCACCUACCUUAAUACCUGAACACUUUCAGGUCUAUGUUAUUGGUAACGAUAGCGUAAAGUUAGUUUGGUCAACGGAUGCCUUAGGAAACUCGAUGGGCACGAAAAUUAUAGGAUAUCGAAUCUGCACAUUCGAGAUCAUUGAAUACGUUCACAUCACAGUCUUAAAUAGCAAUUCUGAUGAACUAGCAAUAAUCUCAUAUUGGACGUAUGAUCAAUCCAUUGCCAAGACCCAAACUUUAGGCGAUGUCAACGUAGCAACUAUGAAUCAUUUAAAGCAUAACUUUAGCUAUCAUUUUCGAAUAAAUGCAUUUAACUGUGGUGGUGAUGGCUUGCUUUCGCAAACAGUUAGCCAAUACAUUAGUCGGUCAGUCCCAGAGCAUCAUCCUGUUUUUACAGAUUCAAUAUCCAACUUUACAUCUUCCCAGAUGUUAUCACAUCAGCUAAUUCUGCAGUGGCUGGCACCCGCUAUUACUAAUGGCAUCAUUCAAUCUUAUCAAAUUAAUUAUAAAUUAAUUGGUAACCAAAGCAACUCAAGAAAAACUAUCGCCAAGAAUACUACAGGAAACGAGACCUCAGCCAUUUUAAAUAACAUGAAAUUAGGCAUUUACCAAUUUACUAUUGCUGCACGCAAUAUCCAUGGUUACGGUGUUCCAGUAACUAUUCGGCAUAAAGUUGCUAAUAUCUUAGCACCGAUCAGGCUAGCAGCGACUGCUAUUGAACGAACUUUUAUUCAUUUAUCUUGGACUGUUGGAGACAUUAUCGGUCAAGAAGAAACCCAAUGCCUUGACGAUAAAUUUUAA